AAUUGGUAGAGUGAACUGUCACAAUAAUAAUUGCAUCAACUGCUUAUUGGGAUUCGCACUUUUGGUGAUGUUAACAUUUUCAAGAUCUAUUUAUCUUUUGCACGUCCCUUCCUUAACCCCUUCUUCUUCUUCUUCCUUCUUCUCCAUUGGAGGAGAGAUAGACCUAUAGAUACACAUAUACAUACACAUACGAACAGUAGAACAGAGAAAAUCCAAUUUGAGCUUAGUAUAGUUGACACCCCACCAACUAUUUUUUUACUAAUAUUUAUGGUUGAAAAAAUAAAGAUAAAAAUUCUGCACUACGAAAAGGUUUUACAGGUGGGUUUUUAGUUUUGAGGAGUAUUUUCAACUGGGUCGAAAGUUCAUGGUGGAAAUGAUUUGUUUGUUUCGAUUCAGUAAAGUUAACUUUUUUUUCAAUGAUUGAUUGGUCUUCGUUCUAUUGAGAAGUGAGAUAUUAAGAGAGUUUUAUGAAGAAUCACUUCUUGGGGACGGAUUGAUUGACCUUAAGGAGGCUUUUCCUUAUUUGGAUUACACUGUGGAAUUUUAUUGGAGAAGUGGUUGUAGCUUUGAUGAAUUAGGGUUCUGGAGCUAUGAUCGAAUCGUUUGUUAUGUUACCAUGUUGUUGUAUGUAACAGUAGAUUUUGGGUGGAUAUAGGGAGUUAGGUAAUAACAGGUAUAUGUAUGGAAAUGGCUGCAGAAUCUAACACAGGAUUUCAUCAUCAAUCUUUAUCGUUUCAAUCGGGGGCAAUAGGAAGCUCAUCGUCCGAGAUGAUGUUGAUGGGUAAUUACUACAGUAGCCUCGGGGUGAAUUUCAAUGUAAAUAAUAAUGGUGGAGGAAGAGGGAUGUUGUAUUCUGGGAAUCCAAGUGUGAUUACCAGUGGUGUACGGAGUAGCAGUAAUCCAGGAAUGAGCCAGUCUGGAAGUUGUUCGAGUUCUUUUCUUAUUGAUUCAGUCCCGGGGCUCAAGCAUGACACUGGGCUGGCAGUAGAGUGGACGGUUGAGGAACAGUACAAACUGGACGAAGGACUUAUCAAAUUUGCCAAUGAACCUAGUAUAAUGAAGUACAUUAAGAUUGCAGCCUCACUCCGCGACAAAACUGUACGUGAUGUUGCAUUAAGAUGUAGGUGGAUGACGAGAAAGCGCAGGAAACAGGAAGACUAUAAUUUGGGAAAGAAAGUGAAAGACAGGAAGGAAAAAUCAGCAGAAGUACCGGUGAAAGCUGGUUCAUCCUCAGCUUUACCACUGAGCUUCAUUCCGAAUUCGCUUUCCUCAAAAUAUCGUGACCACGGUGAUGUGACGCCUUCUGCAGCAUUACUUGGAACAAGGCAUCUACUGGAAGAAAACAAUCAGGCUCUGAAUCAAAUUUCGGCAAAUCUUUCAACAGUCAAGUUCCAGGACAACAUUAAUCUCUUCAUCCGUACGAGGAAUAACAUAACGGCAAUUCUAAACGACAUGAGAAAUAUGCCAGGUAUUAUGAGCCAAAUGCCACCCCUUCCAGUUUUGUUGAAUGAUGAACUUGCUAGUAGUGUUUUGCCUAGUACAACUCAGCCAAUGAUGUUUGCGUCCACAAGUGGAAUCCAGCUGAAACAAGAGCCAGGCUGUUGAUGGAGAAUGCUUGGUACUAAUUUUGGGUUACUAGCUUGUGUAAGUACACCAAUUUUUUUGCUGUAAAUGCAUAAAGAGCUGGCAGGUCAUUGCAGCUUGGAUAUACGACGAUUGGGUUCCACAAGAAAUUUUAUCAGAACCCAUUUUUUGGAAGCUGAACACACAUGAACACGAGCACCAGGAAAUAACAGCCUCAUAUGUUAUUGCAUAUCAGGGGAAAAUACUGUGAUCUUGAUAAUGCACUUGCAAGUUCAUUUUCUUGUUUCCGCCUUCUGUGUGUAAAUUUAGGAGACAAAUUGUUCUUCAAUGUCAUUUUCCACGGAGCUUGACCAACUUUUAGCUUUUCUAUAAUACCUCAAUAUUUGCGGAUUCUUGUGUUGAGUUGAGUUUGUUGCAUUCUAGGUGUAUAUUUCAUAGGGUAAAUAAUACAUGAUUUCCUACUGAAUACUCCUGUCUUGAUCUGAUACGAGUAUUUAAUAAAAUCAAAAUGUAAGAAGAGAAAAGAUUUGAGGUCUGUUA